AAACAAACUUCCCACUUCGUGUUUCGCAUAGUUCAGCUGAGCAGUCCUCUAGAGCUCAAUUAGAGUAUUCUUCAUGUGAAGGUCGAUUUUAGGAUUGACCGAUGCUGAUAGAGCUCAUGUUAUGUAUUUCUGCGUGUGAGUUGAUUGUUCCUGCUCAUGUAGUUGAGGGUUGGAUUGGAUGCCCAGAAUUUAGAUAAUUUUGCAAGCAACGCCAGUUCCGGUUGUCUGUGCUCACGUGUUUUCGUUUGAACUUUUUGAUUGUUUUUUUUGUUUUUGUUUUGUUUUUUUGUUUUUUUUUUGGUGAAGGUCCUUUCAUGCUAGAGUGAGGUUGAGCUACUGAGUUGAAUUAUUUUAGGCGUAUUCCAAGUCUACCUGAGUUGAAUUGGAUGGGUGCUCGAUUUUGCAAUAAGAUUGAAGUUGUAAGUUAUCGACGAUAGAAUUCAUAGUUAUUUUGCAUUGAGGAUAGACGAUUUGGAAAUAUGUUGCAGUUUCAUGAGCAGAUUGUUGGAGAGAUUGUGGAAGAAAAUGGCGUCACUGUAAUUGCAGCAGGUUUAGGGUUAGCUAAAGUUUUGGCUGCUCUUGUUAGAAUACAUUCUGCAGAGAAUGGCUUGGUACUACUUCUUUCGACCUCGGAUGUACAACGCCAGGCACUUGUGGAAGAAAUUCAAGAACAAGACGCUGCUGCCCCCCUUCCUAAGGAUAUCAACAAUCAGUAUACGAGUGCAGAGAGGAUUGAAAUGUACAACAAAGGGGGUGUGUUUUCCAUCACGUCGAGAAUUCUUAUAGUUGACAUGCUGAAUGAGCGUGUUCCAUUCAAAAAAGUAGCAGGAAUUAUGGUCAACAAUGCGCAUCGUUUGACGGAAACUUGCGCCGAGGCAUUUAUUGUAAGGUUAUUCCGACAAGCAAAUAGAACAGGAUUUAUUCGGGCGUUUUCAGAUCGACCUCAAGCAAUGAGUUCCGGUUUUAACAAAACCGAAAGAAUAAUGAAAUCAUUGUUUGUGAGGAGAUUAUAUCUUUGGCCAAGAUUUCAUCUCUCAGUAAGCGACGUUCUUGAGGAGAAUCCCCCCUGUGUUGUUGAUAUACGGAUGCCGUUGACAUCCGCCAUGGCUGGCAUCCAAACUGCCAUUGUAGAAGUGAUGGAUGCCUGUUUGAAGGAGCUUAGAAAGACGAACAAAAUUGAUGUAGAAGAAUUGACUGUUGAGAACGGUCUUUUGAAAUCCUUUGAUGAGAUUGUUAGGUCACAAUUAGAUCCUAUUUGGCAUACUUUAGGAUGGAAAACGAAGCAGCUAGUAGGCGAUCUCAAAACUUUAAGAAAAUUAGCUGAUUAUCUACUUCGAUACGACUCUGUGACGUUCUUGAAGUACUUGGACACUUUGCGAGUAACAGAAGGUGUGAGGUCAGUGUGGAUUUUUGCGAAUCCCACCCACAAGAUCUUUGAAUUAGCAAAGAAACGGGUUUAUUCGCUAGUCAGGGCGGAUGGUACUCGCGUCGCUCAAGCGAAGACUGGUCGUGGAGGUCGAGGAGGAAGAGGCCGAGGAGGAAAUCAGGUGCGGUCAAAGAGAAAAAUGGGAGGUAAUGGAGAGUUAGAACAUGAGAACAUCAGUGCAACCAAGCUAGAGAAAACUAAUUCUAGUACAGAUGUCAAUUCUGCCGCUUCUUCGAGCUGGAAAGAUCCUCAGCAGGGUGCAAGUGCUCAAGAUGGUCCGGCCGAACUCUCUGAUGCUACAGAGGGAACUCAAGAAGUUCAGGUCGAAGUUUUUAUAGAGGAAAUGCCCAAGUGGAGACUUCUGCGGGAAGUGCUAGAGGAGAUUGAGGAGGAAAGGCAAAGGUCAAAGGCUGAAAAAGCAAUAGAGGGAUCGUCAGAGUGUGCUGGAGAGGAAGUUGAGGAUGUAGUGCUUGUAGCAUGCAAGGACGAACGCAUGUGUCUACAGCUGCAAGAAGUUGUGCAUUAUGGACCUGAGAAGGCCAUGCGAGAGGAAUGGACAAAGUACUUGCUAAGUAAAGCUGACCUUCAGAGAAUGAAGACGCGCACCAAGAAGGUACCAACUGGUUCCAACCCAAAGUGGGCUGGGGUUAUGAUUGGAAAGGGAGGUCAUCCAGUAUUCCCAACAGGCGAGGUUAGGAAUCGAAACGAGUCGAGUGAAGAACUGAAAGCUUUGGCGGCUGCUGCUAGUGAGGUUGCCCAGGCAAAUGUGGAAGUUAUUGGAGUUGGAGAAGAUGCGGCUCCACGAAAUGAAACAAGUUCCAAGGGAAGGGCUACAGGCAGAGGAAAGGCAAGGGGGAGAGGAAGAGGAAGAGGAAGGGGAAGGGGAAGAGGCCGUGAAGUAAGCAGUGAAGAUCAGAAAGGAAAGGGAUUGAGUUCUGCUCAAGGAUCCAGCUUGGAGAACAGUAAUACCAUCGAGUCAGCAGUUAAGAUAAGGUUGACAGGGUCAGCGCUAGACCCUUCCGAAGUUGCGCAUGUUAGAAGAAACACCUCAAUCUCUGAGUCUGGAAAUGAGGUCUCGGAAACGGAAACGUUCUUGUUAGGAGAGAAACAACCCAAGUCAGUACCGCCAGUGCAUUUCUAUGCUUUAGAGAGUGAGCAACGAAUUUUGGAACUUUUGCGGCCAUUAUAUGUUAUAGUGUACGAUUCUGACAUGGCGUUUGUACGAGAAUUGGAAGUGUACAAAGCAAUGAAUCAAGGUCGUCCACUUAAGGUGUAUUUCCUGUUAUAUGAGGACUCAACUGAAGCCAGCAGGUUUGAAUCCAGUAUAAAGAAGGAGAAUGUUGCUUUUGAAAAUCUAAUACGGCAAAAAGCGACAAUGACCAUUCCUGUGGACCAGGAUGGAAGACUGUUAGAUGCGUCUCCAACAAAAGCCACUGCAACAGGUGUGACGUUGGAUACCAGGAAGGGUGUUGGACGUAAGCAAGCUCAAAAGCAGAUGCAGGUGGUGGUUGACAUGAGAGAGUUUGGAAGUAGUCUUCCUUCCGUGCUUCAUCAGCAGGGUAUGAAGAUCUUGCCAGUUACUCUUGAAGUUGGUGAUUACAUCCUCUCUCCUGACAUCUGUGUAGAACGGAAGAGUAUUGCAGAUCUAUUCUCCAGUUUUUCAUCUGGACGAUUAUAUCAUCAAGCUGAAACCAUGUCGCGAUACUAUAAGUAUCCAGUGUUGCUUAUUGAGUUCUCUCAGGAUAAGAGCUUCUCUCUCCAGGCUGCCAGUGACAUAGGGGAAGACAUUGCACCUGCCAAUAUUAUUUCGAAAUUAUCAUUGCUGGUGCUCCACUUUCCACGUCUACGAAUCGUGUGGUCCCGUAGCCUCCAUGCAACUGCCGACAUAUUUAUGGCACUGAAGUCUAACCAGAAUGAGCCAGACUUAGACCGAGCCAUGCGUGUUGGGGUACCUACUGAAGAUGGACUUAUCGAAGGUGAUAUCAGAGCUGAGAAUUUCAAUACCACUGCCGUGGAGCUUCUGCGUAGAUUGCCAGGAGUCUCGGAUGCAAAUUACCGGUCACUUAUGGCGGGAUGUAAGAGCAUUGCAGAAAUGGCUUUGCUUUCAGUGGAUGAAUUAGCGGAGUUGAUGGGAGGCAAACAACCGGCGCGUAUGCUUCGAGAAUUUUUGGAUGCGAAGUGUCCAACUCUGGUGUAAAAUAUUUAAUGUAAUAUAGUUUAAUUAAUGGUGGGUUUUCAAGCAGUAAGCUGCUGGAUUCCAGAUGUCUUUUAUCCAGAAGUAUUGUCAAAACUUUACAACUUCCAAGGUCGAUGCAUGUCAAAGUUAUUUGCUUGCUGAAUCAUUAUGUCAAAUGGUUAAACAGUAGGAGACCCUUUUUAAUGCAAUUCAUUUGCCAA